UAUAUUAAAUCAGUGAUCUUCCCAGUUGAAUAUUCUGUUUCUUUCCUUUGUCCACAAUGAAAAUCAUUGACAAGAUCCUUAAAGCAGAACAAGAAGGUCGCUUCUACUGGUCUUUUGAGUAUUUCCCUCCAAAGACUGCACAGGGCGUGCAAAACCUCUAUGACCGUAUCGAACGUAUGCAACGCUAUGGUCCUGAAUUCAUUGACGUUACAUGGGGCGCCGGAGGCACUACCUCUGAACUGACCACGGAAAUUGUGGCUACCACUCAAGCUGUGUAUGGCGUGGAAACAAUGAUGCAUUUGACAUGCACAAACAUGCCUGCAGAACAAGUGGAUAUCGCUUUGGAGACUGCCAAAGCUUGUGGAUGCCAGAAUAUCCUUGCUUUGCGUGGCGAUCCUCCCCACGGACAGGAAACUUGGGAAUCCUGUGAUGGUGGUUUCAACAAUGCCAUCGACCUGGUUAAGUAUAUUCGCAAAAAGUAUGGCGAUUAUUUCGGUAUUGCUGUCGCUGGUCAUCCUGAGGGACACAUUGAUAACCCCGACAAGGAAGAUGAUCUUCGACAUUUGAAGGCUAAAAUUGAUGCUGGUGCUGACUUUGUGGUCACUCAGUUGUUCUACGACUUUGACAUGUUCCUUGAGUUUGUGGAGCGCUGCCGUACCAUUGGCAUCACCUGCCCCAUCCUUCCUGGUGUAUUCCCCAUUCAAAACUACAACGGUCUCAAGCGUGUGAUCUCCUUCAACAACAACUUUGUGCCCCAAAAGAUUUGGGAUGACCUUGAACCUAUCAAGGAUGAUGAUGCCGCUAUCAAAGAGUACGGUAUCAACCUCACCAUCGACUUUAUUCAAAAAAUGAGAGCGGCCGGUAUCAACGGUGUCCACUUUUACACGUUUAAUUUGGAGAGAUCGACUCGCCUUAUCCUUGAACGCCUUGGUGAUGUCGCUCCUCAACAAAACGUCCGCCCUUUGCCUUGGAAACCAUCUUUGCAUGCCAAACGCGCCAAGGAAAAUGUGCGUCCUAUUUUCUGGAAGAACCGAACUAUGAGUUAUAUCAAGCGUACUGAACAAUGGGAUGAAUUCCCCAAUGGUCGAUGGGGUGACUCUCGCUCGCCUGCUUUUGGUGAAUUGGACGGUUAUGGUGUGUCUCUCAAGCAUUCCAAGGCCGAGUGUCUGAAAAUGUGGAACUAUCCCGCGACGAUUGCUGAGUUGAGUUCCAUCUUUUCUGGCUACUGUCUUGGUCAAGUGGGUGCCCUUCCCUGGUGUUCGCAAGAAUUGGAUACCGAAUCGCAGGGUAUCCGCGACCGCUUAGCUGCUGUUAAUUCUCUGGGUUACUUGACCAUCAACUCGCAACCUGCUGUCAACGGUGUCAGAAGCUCGGAUAAGGUUCAUGGUUGGGGUCCCAAAAACGGUUUCGUGUUUCAAAAGGCCUACCUCGAAUUCUUUGUGUCACCUGAAGCUCUGGACAAACUCACGCAAAAGAUUAGCUCUGAUGCAAAUAUCACCUACUAUGCCGUGAACCAACAGGGUGAUUUGAAGAUGAACACCCAAAGCGAAGGUCCUAAUGCGGUUACAUGGGGUAUUUUCCCGGGUAAAGAAGUGAUCCAGCCUACGAUUGUGGAAGCUGUCGCCUUCAUGGCCUGGAAGGAAGAAGCUUUUGCCUUGUGGCAUGAAUGGUCCAGAAUCUACGAACCAGAGAGCCCCACAAGCCGACUGUUGAAGCAAGUCGCGGACACCUGGUACCUGAUCAAUAUUGUUCACAACGAUUUCCAAGACGGCGACGCUUUAUGGCGUGUUUUUGACCUCGAUAAUGCUACCAUCAGCAAUGUGGCAGGCUCCGUUGACCGUUAAGCAGGUCUUGCAUCAACCGAAAGACACGUUUUUUUAAGGGAUGAUGCACCGAUUUGAUAUCCCUCGUAUUCAACAUACCCAUGAGUUUUUUUUUUUUUUUUUUUU